AAAGAAGAAGCCAUUUGCAGCAAGGGAGAAACGGGCAUGCUGGGAAUGGCUCAGUGUCUCUGGGCCUGGCUUUGCUUCCUCACUAUCACAGCACUCCCAGAUUGACCCCAUUGACUCUGUAAAGGGCCAGUCCUGAAGGUGUCAAAUGUCUUCUGCUCAGCCAGUGACUUAAGAGUUAACAUAUUAAAUGCCAUGUAAGUCACUAUUUGUUUAACUCUGGUAAUCCUGCUUGGCUCUGCCAGCUCAGCCAGAAGCCUUGUUCCACCUGUUCACCACUCCCCACAGCUUCUGUCACGAGCCAGGAAAUGUGAAAUGAGACAUCCUGCUCUGAGUGAGGAGGGCGACACCCAGGCACCACAGUUACAGCCCUGGAAUCUCUUCCAGGACAACAGGUUGUAUCAGACCCCACCCUGCUGGGGAAUGUACCUGUCACAGUCCAGGUGAAAGGGUUGUGCUUGCUGCAGCCUAUCAGAAGCAGGUAGCUGGCUGAAUAGGCCAAGGAAGGAGAGCUGGAAGUUACACCUGUUGCCUGGCAGGCCGUUGCUGUUGGAAGGGAAGAGGCCAGAUUUUACCCUUGGGCCAUAUCCCAGGACCUGCCGUGUCAGCCUGAUUCCAAUGGAAGGAGAGUGUGGCGCAACCUCAGCUGCCAGCUGGGAACUCAGGCAAAGGCGGAGAGGCGGCUGAAUUGUGCCUGAAGUUGGUGAUUACUUGUCAGCUGUGGUCCCAGACAGACACAGCAAACUGGACAAGCCCCAGUGCCAGGACCCAGGGGCAUGGUGGUACAAGGACCUUUCACAGUUCGUGAAGAGGUUGGGUGGAAGGAGAAUUUGUAAUUGGGAACGAAGGCUGGGCUUAUCGAUGAAAUAACUAGGACAAGGAGGGGGCUGGAGGACUCAGUACCAGCCACUCCCCAUGACACUCUGGAGGUGCGUCAGCUCACCGCACUGGACACUGCAGAUCAAGCUCUGUUAUCCUGCCCCUCAGCCAUAGUCCUUCCUGGCGCAUCCCCUGGCGUGCAGCCCGUAACUCUCUAGGGGAUGCAGUGAUGGGCACCCCUGCUGUACUGGAGCUCUGACAUUCAGUGGCCACAGGGCAUCAGAGGGCAAGAACACGAGCUGCCUGCCUCCCAAGGAAAUGUCACAACCAUCACAGCUGCUGUGGCUUUGACCGCCCCGGCCAGGGACCUGGCGCCGUCUGUGUGAUCAUCGCAGCACCCAGCCUAGAGGCCCCUCAGGUACCCACCAUGCCCGAGCUGGAGCAGCUCCGUGUGCCCAGGCCCCCUGCAGAUGUUGGCCGUAUUCAGGGGAACAUCCUUGAGGAGCAUGUCGAGCUGUGGUGGUUCAAGGACCCUAAGAAAUCCAUCUUGUGCUAUGGUGUGGCCGUGGUGCUAAUUCUGGCCUGCGGGACAGGGGGCAUCGUCCUCCUCUAUAGCACCAGCAGCCGGUCUGGGGAGUGGCGGCUGGCUGUGGGCACCACGCUCUGCCUCCUGGCCUUGCUGGUGCUGCUGAAGCAGCUGCUGAGCUCUGCUGUCCAGGACAUGAACUGCAUCCGGAGCCGGAACCAGAUUGAACUGCUGAAGAGUGGUGGCUUUUCAGACUGUGUGGUGCUGCUGCUCAGUGCCCUGGUGCUGCUGGUCUGUGGCGUGGUCCUCACUGUCCUCUCCACCACAACCAUGCAGCUCAGCGCCUCACGGCCUCUGGCCAGCAUGUUCACCAGUGGCGUCAUCCUCAUGACUGCUGGGGCUGCCAUUCUACUCUGCCUGCUGCUUUACAUGCUCAGCAUCUCCUGCUGCCCAGUUGCUCCCAGGAGCUUGGACACAGGUGACAUUAGCAUCUUCACCAUCUCCAGCCGGCUCUCUGUGAACCGCCGGCUCGCCACCACCUCCAGCAUGGCCAACCUGAUCUAAGGCCUGGGCAGGGCCAACAUGCCCUUCAGUAUGGCAAAUGUGUACUGACCCUGGGGCAGGGUAAGGCCAUGCCCGCCACCCCUUCAGCAUGGUCAAGCUAAUCUUAACCUGGGGAAGAGCUGAAAUUUGAGUGUUGCCUUGACCCAACUGCAGAUAUCACUGAAACGGACUGGCAUUUGCACUUUACUCAGGCCAGUCGGCCUGAACCCUGGCAAAGACAAGGCGGUUCCUGGAUUGAUUUGAUUUACCUGGAACUUUACAAGUAGGACACUGGCCCUAUUUUAUUUUUUACCUCAGCAAAGUCUCCUGUGGUAUUUACUGUCCAUCCCUCUGACACAUCGGGGUCCGUGCUCUGAAGGACGAAGACGAAGACACUGCCCUUUGAUGAUGAACUUUAAGGAUCAUUGGAGAUGCCCAGACCUCAGCACACCAGUGAGGACAUUUGGCCAUCACAACUGAGCCAGCAAGGACCUUAGGUUGAUACGUGUGAAAUCCUGCUUUGUCUUCCCUUUCCUCGUAUGUUCUUUCCAGUUCCUCACUAUCUUCCUCCUAUUCCUUUCUUCUCUCUGCAUGCUUUCGAUCUGACCCUGAGACCAGCUGCAUCAUACAACACCAGCACAAAAAGAUAAGGCCAUCUAGCUUGAGACGGACUGGUAAAGAGAAACAAGCCAGAGUCCAGAGCAACUGCUGUCCUGGCUGACCUGCCAGCCCAGAGCAUCCAUCUGUGAUUGACUGGCCAUCUUGACUUUGGGAACGUCAACAAAAAGCUGUAUUUCCUCACCCUUGCAUCUAUCUUUCUGCUCAAAAGCAGGAGUAACCACAAAACUCACAGCUGAGGUUUGUCUGCACUACAGAGCAUUGGCCAAUAUAGCUGUGCCAGCAGAGGACUGUCA